GCUUUACGCGCCAACCAGUCGCCAUUGGCCAACUUCGUUUACAACCCCAACAACGUUUUCCUCGCCUUGAAUUCUACUUCCUUGAGCCAUGGCUUCAGCUUACUACGAGUUCUACCGGGGGUCUUCGAUCGGAAUGGCUCUCACGGACUCCCUGGAUGAGCUGAUCACCAGCGGCGCCAUCACCCCUCAGCUGGCCAUGAAGGUCCUACAGCAGUUCGACAAGUCCCUCGCGGACACGAUGGUCAAGCAGGUCAAGACCAAGACCUCGCUCAAGGGCCACCUCCGCACCUACCGCCUGUGCGACGAUGUGUGGACGUUUAUCAUCAAGAACCCGACGUUCAAGAUGGAAGGGAACGAGCAGGUCACCGCUGAGCGAAUAAAGAUCAUCGCGUGCAAGAACGGAGACGCUAUCGAGGCUAGCAAGAAGUAGGCUAGAGGUUGCAGCAGGAGUAUGGAGAGAGCAGACCCGGGGACUGGACAGAUUAUGCCGGGCGGUUGGACGCAAAGACGAGGUGAAGUCACCGCACUGUUUCUUGUAUCGCACUUAAGCUUGACCAUGGUUACCCGUCUACGAUGUAUAUGUUCCGUGUAUGCAUUGACAUCGACACGUUUAUUCUACAUUUGGAUUCUGCCAAUGACUCGACUGCCGCUCUGCUUUUUGCCAGUGUCACGCUGUCCGGAUAUCUAGAAUCCGACUUUUCCAAAACUCUUAUCGCCCCAUGAGCUUCGCCCAUAGCCCUGACCCACCCUCCCUAUCCGCGUACUUCACGUCGAUGGACGCACCAUGGCCCAUGACCUUUACCUCAGUCCCUUGCCAUUUCGGUUCGCUCGGUCCGCCACCCCCAACGAAGGAUCCAGCUUCCGUCAAAUCACCUACGAACCAUCUACGGUAGUUUCCGAUGUCGCUAAGGGGCGUGCACUGGUCGCUUAGGUCUUUGCUCAGCGUGACGGAUCUCCCGUACGUGGCACCCAACCUUAGAAGGCCGCGAAACGUGCGCGGGAGUAUGACCGUUGCGUAACCUUUGGCAACGACGACUUCGAGUAGGUAAGGGCCCGCAUUCUCGGCUGUGUGCAUCCGCACGGUGGUGCUGCCUUGGUCCGACGUGAGGAGGAUCCGAGCCCGUCGGUCAUGCUGCGAUAUCCCAGCUGAUGUCUGCGAUUCAGAUCGGUUCUCUCCCUUGUUGGUGCCGCUGACCGACAACUGGUGUUCUGGUCCACUGGACGCGAGAAGGAGCAGGCUCACGUCGAUGUAGCCACCCUUCGAAGUAAGCCGUAGGUUUCGCCGUUCGUCCUCUUUCUCGCACGGCUCAAGGGGAGGGAGAAGUGCACGGGGCACGUCCAUUCCAGGGUCGAUUGCGAAUGCUCCUGUCAGCGUCCUAUCCGUGC